AAGUUACUAUAUCAGAACUAGUUCUGAGGUAUAAGGAGACGACGUCAAACAACCUCAUUGCUGUAAGCCUGUUGCUCUGCAUCUGAUAUUAGACAUCUCCUCAGCCUGAGAUCGAUUGCAAUGUUCCUCCUACUUCAUGUCAUCAUUCUGAUAGAUGUCAGAGGUUUUGCUCUGACUGAAGGCAGCACGGCCGCCCCUGCAUGCCCCAGAGGGUAUUUUCCCUGUGGGAACCUCACCAAGUGCCUGCCCCGGGCUUUCCACUGUGAUGGUGUGGAUGACUGUGGCAAUGGCGCAGAUGAGGAGAACUGUGGUGACACUAGUGGAUGGGCGACCAUAUUUGGCACAGUCCAUGGAAAUGUAAAUAAUGUGACAUUAACACAGGAGUGCUUUCUAAACCAGUACCCACAACACUGUUACUGCAAGGAAACUGAAUUGGAAUGCAUAAAAGCUGAUUUAAAAUCGGUGCCAACAAUUUCCAGCAACGUGACAUUACUGUCUCUUAAAAAAAACAACAUCCACAGACUUCCAGAUAGAGUUUUCAUCAAAUACAAAGAACUCAAAAAACUGUAUCUUCAGAAUAACUGCAUUAGACACAUUUCCAGAAAAGCUUUUUGGGGAUUACAUAAUCUGCAGAUAUUAUAUCUCAACCACAACUGUAUUACAACUCUCAGACCUGGAGUAUUCAAAGACUUGCAUCAGUUAACUUGGCUAAUUCUGGAUGACAAUCCAAUAACCCGAAUUUCACAGCGAUUAUUUACUGGAUUAAAUUCCUUAUUUUUUCUAUCUAUGGUUAAUAACUACAUAGAGGCCCUGCCUGAACAGAUGUGUGCCUAUAUGCCUCAACUCAAUUGGAUGGAUCUGGAAGGCAAUCAAAUAAAAUAUCUUGUGAAUUCCACCUUUCUGUCAUGCGAGUCUCUCACAGUCCUGUUUCUGCCUAGAAAUCAAAUUGAUUUUGUUCCAGAGAAGACAUUUGCCUCAUUAAAAAAUUUAGGAGAACUGGAUCUAUCCAGCAAUCUGAUAACAGAGCUACCAGCCCAUCUUUUUAAAGACCAAAAGCUUCUACAAAAGCUAAACCUAUCGUCCAAUCCUCUUUUGUACCUCCACAAGAACCAGUUUGGAAGUCUCAAACAACUUCAGUCUCUAGACCUGGAAAGGAUAGAGAUUCCAAAUAUAAACACAGGAAUGUUUCAACCCAUGAAGAAUCUUUCUCACAUUUAUUUCAAAAACUUUCGCUACUGCUCCUAUGCUCCCCAUGUCCGAAUAUGUAUGCCCUUGACUGACGGCAUUUCUUCAUUUGAGGACCUCUUGGCUAACAAUAUCCUCAGAAUAUUUGUCUGGGUUAUAGCUUUCAUUACCUGCUUUGGAAAUCUGUUUGUCAUUGCCAUGAGAUCUUUCAUUAAAGCUGAAAAUACAACUCACGCUCUGUCCAUCAAAAUCCUUUGUUGUGCUGACUGUCUGAUGGGGGUAUACUUGUUCUCCAUCGGAUUUUUCGAUCUAAAAUACCGAGGGCAAUAUCAGAAGUAUGCGCUGCUGUGGAUGGAGAGCUUGCCAUGCCACUUCAUGGGCUUCCUGGCCAUGCUGUCCACUGAAGUCUCCGUCCUGCUCCUCACCUUCCUGACUCUGGAGAAGUUCUUGGUCAUCGUGUUCCCCUUCAGUAACAUUCGCCUGGGAAAGAGGCAGACCGCCAUCAUCCUCAGCUCCAUCUGGAUGGCUGGAUUUCUCAUCGCUGUCAUUCCCUUUUGGAAUGAGGAUUCUUUUGGAAACUUUUAUGGAAAAAAUGGAGUAUGCUUUCCACUUCAUUAUGACCAUACAGACCAUACUGGAAACAAGGCAUAUUCUCUUGGAAUUUUUCUAGGUGUGAACUUGCUGGCUUUUCUCAUCAUUGUAUUUUCCUACAUUACUAUGUUCUGUUCCAUUCAAAAAACUGCUCUGCAGACGGCAGAAGUGAGGAAUCACAUUGGAAAAGAGGUGGCUGUUGCAAAUCGCUUCUUUUUUAUAGUGUUCUCUGAUGCCAUCUGCUGGAUUCCUGUGUUUGUAAUUAAAAUCCUUUCCCUCCUCCGAGUGGAAAUACCAGGCACAAUCACUUCCUGGAUAGUGAUUUUCUUCCUUCCUGUAAACAGUGCCUUGAACCCAAUCCUCUACACCCUCACCACCAGCUUUUUCAAGGACAGGUUGAAACAGCUGCUGCACAAACAUCGGAGGAAAUCCAUUUUCAAGAUUAAAAAGAAAAGUUUAUCAACAUCCAUGGUGUGGACAGAUGACACCUCUUCACUUAAACUUGGGGUUUUGAGCAAAAUAACCUUUGGGGACAGUAUAAUAAAGCCAGUUUCCUAGUGAUGGUUGGAAUCACUGGAUUUUCACGGGACUACCUAAAACAAGGUACAGCUUUUGGAAGAUGGCAUCUGCAAUGCUUUUCAACUUGGCCAGCGGCA